ACAUUUAUUUGUGAAAUAGUCUUUCUGCCAGAAGGUAGUAGGAACAAGAAAGAAAACUAAAAUCAAAAAAUGUUUCGACUGGACAGCAAAAACGGCAUUAUCCUCACAGGAGUGCUGUCGGUGGUCUUUGCAAUUAUCUAUUUGGUUAUAGCGGAGGCUAAUUUCAGGUAUUAUGGAUCGUUUGAUCUGGGUACACAUGUAUCGGCUCUACAAAUACUGGCAAGCAUAUGCCUAGUAAUUGGUGCCAUUAAGGAAAAGUAUAUGCUCUUCGUGCCAUGGAUGAUAACCUGUGUAUUCUUCUUGUACCUCAUGGUUUACCUGGGGAUUGUGUUGAUGGCCCAUGAUGACUGGUUGAUCUUUGUUCCGGCCAUGGUGGUGCCAUUUACAGCCUAUCUAGGUUAUGCCCUGUUUUCGGUUCAAAAGGCAUUGGAAAGAAUGAGAAAGGAUAGUCCGCCAUCGUACACAAAUAUUGAUGGAAAGAAGGAUUUUAUUAGCCACAUAUAAUGCCCAUAAGAAUAUUUUUCUACAUAUGUACAUAUCAAUCUAUCUGUACACAGAUCUUUUUAACUUUUUGCCCUUGCUGAGACGAUUGUAGUUUUACUUAGAAAAUUCUAUCUUAACUGCAAUUUUGUUCAUACAUACAUAUGUAAUGCAAU